UAUCGGUAGGAGCACGCGCGUCAUCUUUUGGUAAUCAGUAAUCAGUCAUGUUUUGAAGUGUAUUGUUCAAUUUUGUUACAAGAAGUUAUUCGAUAAGAUAGUGGAAUUCAAAUUCCAGUCGAACUUCGUGAAACAAUGUGAACGUGUAGUGAAUGCACGUAUAACCUAUCUAGCACGCUAAGUAUUAAGUAGCGAUGGAAGACGAAGAAAAAAAAUGUCAUGACGAAGAGCCUAGUGAAUUUUAUUUCGAAUCUGAUCACCUAGCAUUAAAAGGAAAUAAAGAUUAUACUACUCUUUUAAAAACAAUUGUCAUUCUUGAAGCACAAAGAGUUCAAGCUAUAGAAGAUCUGGACAAACUUUUAUCAAUUCGUUCUAAAGCAUUGAAAGAUCCGAUAUCUUUCGUAGCUCAAAUACAAAAUGGUGAGCUGCCAGAAUUACCAGGGCCACAAAAAAUUGCUGAAAUCCCUUAUAUUGAUUGGGCACAAUAUAACAUAGCUCCACCUGAUAUGCGAAUGAGACCACAAACAAGGCAUGGACAUAUUUUGCCUCACAUACAAACAAAAUCAGAACAAGAGAAUGGGAAGAUUUUAGUAAGAGGACGUGCUUUUGAUGAGAGUAAACCAGAGACCUUCAAUCAAUUAUGGACAGUGGAAGAACAAAGAAGAUUAGAAGAACUUUUAAUUGAAUACCCACCAGAGGAUGUAGAAAUGAGAAGAUGGACUAAAAUAGCUAAUGCUUUAGGUAAUAGAACUCCAAAACAAGUGUCUAGCAGAGUCCAGAAAUACUUUAUUAAACUCUUAAGGGCUGGAUUACCUAUACCUGGUCGAGGCCCCAAAAUGAAAUUAGACGUGAAAAAAGGAAUGGGUCAUAGACAUCAACGUAAUAACUACUCAUUAUUUAGACGUUCUACAUUUUUCCCCCAUCAAGAUAUUUCUUUUACAAUGCCUGAUGAAAGCAAAGAACAGGCAAUUACAGAAGAAUCUGAAGAUGAUGCUGGAAAUAGUAUUAUUGAUGACAAUCCUGAAUUAAGGCAUAUAGAAUUACUAAAACAAGUGAAAAUGGAGAAAGAACAAAAUUCAUCUCCUGUGUAUAAACAUGUUGGAUAUAAGUGUUCAGUUUGUGGAGAAGACCCUCUAACAGGUACAAGAUGGCAUUGCACAGAAUGCCAAGAUGGAAUUGAUUUAUGCGGUGAUUGCGCUGUAGCGCAAUUAGAGGCUGAGAAACCAUUACAUGACACGAUACAUAGACUACUCCCUAUAAAACCGCCUCUGUAUACUAGAAGUUACGAUUUAGAUUAUUUUCCACAAAGUUUCAGUAACUCUUCUUAUAAUUAUUUAGAUCCCAAUUUUUUACCUGAAUAAUUAUUAUUUCAUCAAAUCUAUACUAAUAUUCUUAUUAGUAUAAUAUAUAAUUAGUAUAAUAUUCUUAUUAUAUCAUAGUUUUAUAAA